AUGAUGCCUAUAAGGUUGAUGGAAAGUAAUAAAAAUUAUACACCUGUUGCCAUGUUUGUGCUCCUAGGCAUUUCAGAUGAAGAAGACCUGCAGCUUAUUCUCUUUCCACUCUUCCUGGGAAUCUACCUUGUGACUUUAUUGUGGAACCUUACACUGAUCAUCUUAAUCAGCAUGGACAUCCACCUCCACACACCUAUGUAUUUUUUCCUCAGUGUCCUGUCAUUUAUAGACAUCUGUUACACUACUUCCAUCAGCCCAAGGAUGCUUUCAGACUUCUUUAAAGAUGAGAAAACCAUUUCCUUUAUUGCCUGUGCCACCCAGUAUUGUGUUGCGUCUUGGAUGGGUCAAUCUGAGUUCUGCCUCUUGGCAGCCAUGGCCUAUGACAGAUAUGUGGCUAUUGGCCAUCCUCUGCAGUACUCAUCCAUCAUGGCGCCUGGUCUCUGUUGGAAGAUGGUUGCUACAGCCUUUGGGACUGGCUUUCUUUGUAGCUUCCUUGAAACAGUCCCUAGCUUUAAUCUCUACUACUGUGGGUCCAAUGUCAUUCAGCAUUUCUUCUGUAACAUAUCUGAGAUCAUUAUCUUGUCUUGUUCAAGUCCCUUCACUACCCAAAUGAUUAUAUUUUUAGUAGUUUUAAUUGUUGGGUUUGGGUCUUUGCUUAUUAUCCUGUUAUCCUAUGGUUUCAUUGCAGCUUCCAUCCUGAAAAUAUCUUCAGUCAAAAGUAGUGUCAAGGCCUUCAAUACCUGUGCCUCCCACCUGGCAGUCGUGACACUCUUCUAUGGCACAGCUCUCUCAGUGUACGUGCAUCCUAGUUCCAGACACUCUGAGCAGCAGGACAAGAUGCUGUCCGUGUUCUAUGUUAUCAUCAUCCCCAUGUUAAACCCUCUGAUCUAUAGUCUGAGGAACAAGGACAUCAAAGAGGCCCUAAAGAGACUGAUAAACAGGGUGACUCAUUUUACUCAGUAA